AUCAUUUCCAACCAAUUAAAUUUAGGGAAGCUGGAUUCUCACAUGAGACGUUGCAGAGUCCACUAAUAAGUGGCCAGUUCGUGAGCAGCGCUGCAAAAUUGAGCACAGUUUCGGACCUCUGGGAUUUUAUGCAGCUAGCAAACCGUCCUCUGUCAGUAACACUUCUCUGUCCAGCUGUGGUGUGCUCAGACACAAAGUUCAUGACGGUUGCUGACGGUGACACGUUAGCGCUCAUCAUGCCUGUCCGAGCAGAGUGCUGCAGUACCACCGGCACGGCCUGCUUAUCCUCGGCCUCUCUUACACCCCCUGCCCCGAUCAACACCCACCAGCCGGGGGUGGCCACCUCGCUGCUCUACAGCGGCUCACAGUUUCGGGGUUAUCAGAAGAGCAAAGGCAACUCUUACGACGUUGAGGUUGUCCUGCAGCAUGUGACUGUGGAGGACUCAUAUUUGUGUGGAUACUUGAAAAUCAAAGGCCUGACUGAGGAGUAUCCCACUCUCACAACAUUCUUUGCUGGUGAAAUUAUCAGUCGAAAGAGACCUUUUUUAACAAGGAAGUGGGACGCAGAUGAAGAUGUGGACAGAAAGCACUGGGGCAAAUUUCAGCCUUUUUACAAAUACGCCAAAAGCUUCAACUCAGACGACUUUGACUAUGAGGCUCUGGACAGCAGUGAUUAUGUCUUCAUGAGGUGGAAGGAGCAAUUUCUAGUUCCAGACCACACUAUCAAAGAUAUCAGUGGCGCUUCCUUCGCAGGCUUCUACUACAUUUGCUUCCAGAAGUCCACAGCCACUAUUGAGGGCUACUAUUACCACAGGAGCUCAGAAUGGUACCAGUCCCUAAACCUAAACCAUGUUCGAGAACACAGUAUGCCCAUUUAUGAAUUUCGGUGACAAACACACACACACGUUUUGAGUCAAGGAGGGGACAGUUCACCCCGCCCUGCUGUUAAAUGGAACGGGAACGACAGAGAGCCCUUUAAUGCCAAGACUGGAGCUGACCCGUUUUCCUCGCUGCAAGGAAACAAAUGUGUGGUCACUCGUCCCUCUUCUGAUGGACUGAAAGAAAGAUGGCGCAGAGAGAGAAGAGUUAAAAAGAAGACGAAGAUUAGUGAGAGAUGGGCAGGUCUCACAGUUGCCGUAGAACUGAUGUUUGCCUGGGAUUUAAUUUUUUGAUUUUAAUUUGUCCUUUUUUGGCCUGUUUUUUUAAUUUUAAUUUUGUACUAUCUGGAUUCUUGGCGCUCUUAUAGGAUCUGCACCCCUGUAGUUGGACAUCAAAAAAGGUUCCUGUUUUCCUUCAGUGGAAACGUAAUUUCUUUGCCUUUCAGUUAAGAGUUGCAAAAGUAAAAGAUGGUACUCUUUUAAAAAGAGUAUAAAGAGUUUUUUUUCAGUAAAGCUUAAUUUAUUUCUACUUAAUACAAUUAUCUUUGCAAUAACACUUUGACGCCCCGUAGUGAUUGAUACAGAGUAUGAUAGCAGGGGGGGGUCCUUGCCAAAAUGUUGCAAAAGAAGCAACGAUGAGCAGUGAUCUAGUUUUUAUGCAAGUUCUGUAAGACACGGUCUGUUGAUCAGGGACGGUACAUUCAGGCAGUACGUAUUAUAACUGAAAACCAACAGUUGAAUGUGAUGGAGCUGGAAUCGGCUGAGUUAGGAUUACAGCAACAUUGACCUCUGAACAGGUCAUUAGUAACCAAUCAUUUCCAAGCUGCUGCUGCUGCUGCUUCAGAAAAUCCUCUAAACACAACGCACCGAAAAGUCUAAUAAUGGCUCAACAUCAGUUUUUGUUUUGUUUUGUUUUUUUCUAUGCAAGCCAAAGGUCACUAAUAGUUAGGGUUUCUAUCACUACUCACUAACUUAUUUUCAGAUUAUUUCUCUUUCAGAGUGAUUUAUUUAUUUUUUUAAUCAAGAGUGACCCUCAGUUAAAAUGCACAAGGAAAAAUAAAGAAUCAUGGAAUAAAUAAGGAGGCUUAUUUUAUUGCGUAGACCAGCAUUUUAAGCUCAGACAUGUGACAGUACAUUCCAGUUCAUAAUUCAUUUUAAAACACAAGGUCUUUCAGAAUUUCAGUCACAUAAGAGGUGUCGACAAACGGCAGGAGAUUAGAGAUGUCGGUGUGCGCAUCUCAGGGGGCACACGUGGAGUUUUGAGUGAUGGGGGAAGAGUUGAUGUGUAAUGCAACAAAAACAAUGCAGUGUGUUGAAUGUUAAUCUUAGUAGAGUACAAUCUUAGUUUUCUUCAGUUACAGUCCGCUCAUGGUCAUUUUCAUCCUUUCCCACAUUAUUUCCAUGUUUAGAAGCGGCUAAAUGUGGCAGUUCAUUUUUCUCCUAACUUUUUAAACGAAGGCACAACAGUUAAGACGUAACACACAGAGUUACAUAACAUUACGUCAUUGUGUGUUAUUGUUCUGCCCUUUAGUGGAGAAUAUUGUAUUAAAAGCACCUUGUGGCUCAUUAAGUGUUAAGUAGGAUGAUGCUUUAGUAAAAACCUGCUGCCUUACACUUUUAAAUGUUUGUAAAUCUCCCUUUUCUCACAAGUGGUUAGAUUAGUAAUGUUUUACUUGAAAGAAAUCAUGAGUAUAUUUCUGUGGGAGAAACUGUGCAAAAACAUGACAGAACUUUGUGUCCUUCUGAUGGAUCCUUCUGGAAAGAGAUUGAUAUAAAAGUUUGCCUGCCUCUUUGUUGCUUAUAGACUUUUACAUGACUUGGCAGCCUGCAGCAUGACAAGCAGGCUUGAUGGGUUGUGUGAAUACUAUUCGCACUAUGUUUUGUUUUUUGUUUUUUGUUUUUUUCCAUGAAUAGUAUCUGGAUGGAAAAUCUUACAAAUGUUCCAUAUAACUUCAAGAUAAUUUGCUUUGUCAUUAAUCAUGUAACAAAUAUUUAUUUGAGAGUGUGUCGUUAAAAAGUUUGAAUACAACUGAUUUAAAAAGAUCAAUUUAGAAAAGAUGUAUGAUAAAUCUAAUUGAGUGUAUUGUGUGAGGAGGAAUUAAAAAGUGAACUAUUUCAUACACAUUUA